UCUCGCACUGUUCAACGGAAUCGCAGAAUCGUUCGGGACGAGGAAGGCAUGGGCGUGGGCACGACUGGAUCGCGUCUCGAAGAAGGCGAGGAAAUCGGCGGAGGAGGAGAAGGGGAUUCGAGAGUUCAGAGAAAUUGGAUUGGAGAAUUUGAGAGAAUUGAGGAAGAAAGGGAAGGAGGAGACGAGAAUGGCGAUGAAGAAGAUGAGAGAUUUGGAGGAUUGGAUCGGCGACAUAGAAACUCGAAGCCAGAGAGUGUUCAGAAGCUUGAUCAGUGCCAGAGUUUCGCUGCUAAACGCUCUGUCCCAGCAGCAACCACUGCAAAAAUAGGGCAGAAAAUUAUACGAAAUUAUACUAAUUAUUAAAUUUGUACAUGAUUUAGAGAUUUUUAUUCCUUUUUUUAAGAAAAAAGAAGGAAAACUUCGUGGUGUUAAAAAUUUAGAAAAAUAACAUACAAUUAUAAGGUGUGUACUGUACAGCUGAGUUGGUUUUGAUGAAAAUAUAUUUGAGGAUGGAAUCUUGGAAGUGUGUA